AUGACUGUUGUGGGAGAGAAGGUGCAGACAUUGCUUCAGCAAAUGCAGGACAAAUUUCAAACCAUGUCUGACCAAAUAAUUGGAAGAAUUGAUGACAUGAGCUGUCGCAUAGAUGACCUGGAGAAGAACAUAGCAGACCUCAUGACGCAAGCGGGAGUGGAAGAAUUGGAAGGCGAGAACAAGACCCCUGCUACUAACAAGAGUUAAAGUUGCCAGUAACUUAAGAUGAAUCCUGGAAGACUUCUUUCUUUUUCUACAAAUCCUUGGAAUUACAGAACAGCUUUUUGCAACUACUGUGUGUAAAAGCAUUUUUAUAUUGUUACAGAGCUUGCAUUCCUAAUGUAUAUUGUAUAGUUAGGGAUAGGUUAGUUUAUAUUUUGAUUUGUGUACUGUAAUUUCACUUUUUGAAUUCUUGUUAUGAGGAUCAAUUAGUUGUGUUAUUAAAACACAGAUCUUAUGGAUCUCAACUACUGGGUGUAUUUUUUUGUGAAGUCACUUUUUUCUCUCUCAUAUUUUUCUAGACGUCUCAUUUUUGAUAGCUAAACAUCUAGUGACUCCUGUCAAAUGGAAAUCUUAACUUGUCCUACGUAACUUUGUGGAGUGAAGCACAAGAUUGAAACUUAGCGUUAAUGUUAGCUCUAAGCAUCAGUCACUCAACUAGUUGAGGACUGUGUGUUGUUUUCUCAUAAAUGUAAUGCGGUGAUUUUGGAAACAUAAGACACUCCUACUCCUGGUGUCACCUUACCUGUGCGUUCCUAGAACAUAAACCAGACAUAGAGAUUUAACAUUAGUGCCAUCUGUACACAGUUGGGCAAGCACUGCCAUUCAAAAUCUGUUACAUGUAGACAGACGAGGAACUAUUAACUAUGAAAAAUCUCACUAUGGGAUUUAAGGUUUUUAAUCCUGUAAAUCUCUGCUUUGAAAGUGACAGAGCGUCAUUUAGCAUCACCUUUGAACAACAAUUACGGGUAAAAUAGUGAUACUGGACAGAAUGGGGAUGGGAUUGCGGGAGUGUCUGUGUGCGGUCUUUCUGUUUAAAUCACUGGCUCGUUGUAGUAAACAGUUUGCUGACAAAGCAACGAUACACCGAGUAAGGAAAAAAGGAGAGAACCCAGUUAGAAUUGUAAAGCCUUGCUUCUCUUUGAAUAACAGCUAGCCGGAACUCUUCAAAGCAUUUGGUUUAGAAAGGUGUUUGCUUUUAUAAUCAUAUCCACAUUUAUGGGCCUGGAGUUUAAUGGAUUACGUUAGAGUAUUUUGGCAAUGAAAAGCGUAUUUAGAAGAGUCUGUACUAUGUCACUUGUGAAGAAAAAUGACCGAUGUCGGAUUUUACUGACAAUCGUUGCAGUGCUCCUCCAGCUUGAAAUAUAAAUUUAAGAAAGCACUAGUGGCAGUCAGCAGUUACACCUGGACCACACUCAAGACUGCUCUUUGAACGCCACCAGAUUAGCGCCUGUGUAUUACGAAGGCAAUAUGACAGGUCAUUUUUCAAAACUGAGGGGAAAUUGUAAUAAAAGCUCAUAAUAAUAGGGGAAUUUUGUGAACAUAGGAAAUGUAUCAAUAUACCUUGUAAUACCAGCCUUAGGCUCUUUGUAAUGUCAUUUAAAAAAUCUAAUAAACUAUUACAUUGUC